AUGGUGGCUCCUUCACCCAACAUGAAUGGAACGAUGUUCUACCCAUCGAAUAUGAUGUCGUUUGGGCUGCCUGAAUCACCUUCGCCUUCGAAUGGUAUGGAUAUGUCCAUGCACAACCAUCCUAUGACAAACAACUUGUCACCAUUGGCACACCGCACGUUACGUACGGCGUCGGCUAAUGGGCCGUCAGGCAUGAUGCCAUCUCCCAUUAUCCCUGUGACACCCUACCAAGACAGUCCAGUGAUGCGUCGUGCGAACAGCUAUGGUGGCGCUACUUGCCCUUGGCCAAAUCGUGAUAAUAUGCCUGUGUUCAAUGUACACCCAUCCAUGACACCACCGGCGUCUACCCCGCCGCAGAUGAUCCCGCCCAUGUCGGCGCCUGUUAUGAUGCAGAGGCAGUACAGUUCGCCUCAACCACGCACGACACGCGAACGGAGUAGGCAUUCAUCCACGGAUGUGUGGCCCGAUGAUGUGGAAGUCGCAUUUUGGGAGGCGUUGCGUCUUAUUCCGAAGCUGGGCCGACGAAAAGUGCUCGUUCACGGCAAGCCAUGUGGCCGUAAUGAGCUUAUUGCAGAGUAUAUUGAGCGCAAGACAGGCAAGACGCGUUCGCGUAAGCAGGUGUCCAGUCAUAUUCAGGUGCUGAAGAAUGUUAAGCGAGGUGAUAUGGAGUUCCAACAACUUAUUGCUGAGCCAACGAGUGAAGAGGACUAUUAUACGCCCGCGGGUGGUAUGAUGUAUGCACACGCCUUGUCGGAGUACAGUGUUGGCCUUCUGGGCUUCUCUCUCACCUCGUCGGAUGCGCUCACCUCGCCCAUGAGUAUGUCGAGCGCCACCUUCUCGCCUACGGUCUCCAGUCCUCUACCUGUCUCUCAUUCACCUAUGCAGUCGCCAGCCACAGGUGCUAUCUCCAAAGCGCUGGACAAUCUGCAUGUGAGUGGCUCGCCUACUGCUCAUACGCCAACGCGCAAGCCAUCGGUGAACAGCCGCAUGUUACUUACCACCAAGUCUAUCCCGCUUACGAGUGCUGAUCCCGUACCUACAUUAAUCCCCACAUCCUUCUCCAUGUGGGCGUUUUCCUCCAAAACAGACGAUCGUCAUGUGUAUACGUCUAUUGAUACGGUAGCCAUGUCGCGUGUGCUACAUCCAGGUGGUGAGCUGCCUCUCCUACCAUCCAACGGUCCUAUCUCCACCUCUUUCCGAUUCCCUCAGCUCAUGGAGAUGCAGCGUUCUCUCAAGUGUCCCUUUGUUCAUGUCCAUGUACCGAUGACGCUUCCUCGCGCUGAUCCGGCCACACCAUCGUACGAUCGCAUGGGUACGGCUCUUUCUGUGACUAGCACGAGUGAUACAUGCUUGACGAUGGUUUUAUCGAUCUAUUCGCAUGGAAAAUGUGUGCUCACGCUGGUUGAGAAGCUCGAACCGCCCCGUCGUAUGGCGCCUGCACGUGGCAGUGUGUCGGGAGCCGACAGUGACAGCAUGCCACGCUCGCCUAUCCCGAACGACUCACGCUUUGCUUGGGUGUACCAAGUUCCCUUUGCGACAGAUUUCUGGGCGGACUUUCUAAGCCGCAAUCAUCCUGUGCAUCUGUACAAUGGCAACAACGUGGAGCCUAUGCCGUCAUUCAGCAAACAGCCCAGUGAGCGGGCGUCGCUGAGCAUGGCUGUCUCGGGCUUGGCCUUUGUGCAAGAGUUUGUCAUUCCACGGCAAGAUGCUCCUUCCGGGCUGCGGUCUCUGUCCCCAAUGUCGCCACAACAUCCUCUUGCUUCCAGUCAAGGGUCGCGGCUAGGCGACGUUGUCGGCGUCAUUGCAUGGGAGUUUGAGUGCAUCGAAACAGCUGCCCGUGAGCCUGGCACGCCACGUGUCUCGAUCUUGGGCCCUAGCAUACCUGGUCCAAGUCACCCUACGACGCCUCACCGUCCAUCUGUGCCUAAGCCGACGCCUGAGACACCAGUAAGCCCCACGGCACAGGGGUCUGGCAAGGCACGAUCUGACGAUAAAAAUGGAUUGCUGGGUCUACAAAUUCAGCCUGCGCCGCAGGCCUCGCAAACGAAUGGACCAUCCCAUGACACCAAAACAUCGACAAAUCCUUUGCCUCGUCCAUCAACACCACUGGCCCCGCCUACCUUGAUUCAUACGCAAGCUUCUCCACUUCGUCAACCGGAACCUGCUAUGGCGAAGAGUGCGACAGCCAGCGAGACGAGAGCACCAGCGCCUGCAUCGCUGGAUUCCCAUGAACGAUCCAACAAGUCUGUGGACAUGACCCGCAGCUACUCUUCCCCUUCUCAUGCCAGCACGUCGUCCUCCCUAAACCCUACAUACCCUAGUACCGCUCAGUCCACGCUGGGCACCAAUAUGGGUUUAUCGGAUGUCUUUGGCCAAAAGCAGUCGGCCCCUGGCAUGGCGUCCACACUCUCCCCAGCGAUGAGUCCGAUGACCUUGCUAGAUUCGACAGCAUUGAGUACGUCGGCGUCCUCGUCGGCUUCUUUACUUGAGCCCCGUGGUUUAGGUAUUGUGUCGGACCCAGCACCUCCCAUCCCCAUGCGAUCCAACUCUAUGAGUAUGUUGCCUGAGCAAGAUCCCGACCUGUCGCAUUCGAAUGCCAUGGCACUAACUUCGUCAACGUCGAUUCCCGAUUCACUGCCUUCGCACUUGGAUCCUACAGACGUGUCUGGACGACUGGGCCUUUCUACGCAUGUGACUUGGAACGGACAGAAUGACCUGAUGGACGAAUUCCUGGAUACCUCUUUGAUGGAGCCGUGGAUGGAUAUGCCAUCUUCGUCGAUGCCACCACCAUCAACCUCCUAA